GGCCGCCUGAUGGAAAAGGCCGUGGCCCCCUCUAACCAUUAACCAGCAGGGCAUCCGGCGAAGAUUUAGCGGCCGCAUCCCGUGCCCGCCACUUACUGUACACAGCCCAGGCUCCAGGCAGGGCUGAGCCGGCAGGAGCAGCCCGAGCCCACUGCACACUGCCUGGCCACGCUGGACAAUGCCUCUCGCCGUGUACGCCUGUCUCCUCUGGCUGUGCACCAGUGGCCACUGGGCCGUCCAGGCUGCGGAUCCCCCAGGCGGUGACAUCUGUACCAGGAGCCCGCACCGGGGCCUGGCUCCAGCCAACGUGGACUUUGCCUUCAGCCUGUAUCGGCAGCUCGUGUCCUCGGCUCCAGACAGGAACAUCUGCAUCUCCCCCGUGAGCGUCUCCAUGGCCUUGGCCAUGCUGUCCCUGGGCGCCUCCGGCCACACUCGCACCCAGCUUCUGCAGGGCCUGGGCUUCAACCUCACGGAGAUGCCCGAAGCUGAGAUCCACCAGGGCUUCCAGUACCUGCACCACCUCCUUGGGGAGUCGGACACCAGCUUGGAGAUGACCAUGGGCAACGCCUUGUUCCUGGACCACAGCCUGGAGCUGCUGGAGUCCUUCUCUGCGGACAUCAGGCGUUACUACGAGUCCGAGGCCUUGGCCACAGAUUUCCAGGACUGGCCUAGGGCCUGCAGGCAGAUCAACGAGUACAUCGAGAAUAAGACGCAGGGGAAAAUUGCGGACCUGUUUCUGGGCCUGGAGAACCCAGCCAUCCUCAUUCUGGUCAACUACAUCUUCUUCAAAGGCACCUGGGCACACCCCUUUGACCCAGAAAGCACCGAGGAGAAGAGCUUCUACGUGGACGAUACGACCACGGUGAUGGUGCCCAUGAUGUUCCAGUCGAGCACUGUCAAGUACCUGCACGACCCGGUGCUCCCCUGCCGGCUGGUGCAGCUGGAUUACGUGGGCAAUGGCACCGCGUUCUUCAUCCUCCCGGACAAGGGGAAGGUGGACACGGUCAUCGCCGCCCUGAGCAGGGACACGAUUCAGCGCUGGUCCAAAUCCCUGACCUACAGGCUGGUGCACCUGUACAUCCCGAAGGCCUCCAUCUCCGGAGCCUACGAGCUCAGGGGCGCACUGGCGGCCAUGGGCAUCGCAGACUUGUUCACCAACCAGGCAAAUUUCUCAAGCAUCUCCCAGGAGGGCCCACUGAAGGUAUCGAAGGUGCUCCAUAAGGCUGUGCUGCAGCUCGACGAGCACGGGGGGGUGGAGGUGGCUGCCACGGGAGGCCCCCUGCAGCUGGUGUCUGAACCCCUCACCCUGAACUUCAACCGGCCCUUCCUCAUCCUGAUCUUCGACGACUUCACCUGGAGCAGCUUGUUCCUGGGCAAGGUUGUGAUCCCAGCCUGAGAGUCGGCCCAGCCUGGAGCCACUGCUGCAUCUGACUUUGGGCGCUGGGGAUCCCACGGAAGCAUCCGUGGGAGUGGGAGGUUUUCCUGCACCCGCCAGAGCUGUUUGUACCUUUCUGCGUGUUGGAAUAAAUCAGUCACUGUGA